CGCCGGGCUGGCGUCACCAGGACAACGGGCGUCGCCGGCGCCGUGUGACCCCAGGUGGUGUGCGCGCUGGCCGCUCUUCCGCCAUGGUUUUCUCAAACAGUGAUGAAGGCCUAAUUAACAAAAAAUUACCCAAAGAACUUUUAUUAAGAAUGCUGUUCAGCUUGUUGUUAAAUUUUACUUGGUCUAAUCCAGAGUGUACUAAGUAUGUACGUAGCAUUGGUUUGGAUUCUUUUUGUAAUGUGGACCUUGAAUAACCAAUCUGACUACACCUAUGACUGGGCAGUGUGCAAGCAGUAUGGCAGCAGCCUCUUCCGGUGUGAGAGUCAGCAGGUCCAACCCCUGCCACCUUCUAAGCAGGCAAAUAUUUUCCUUCUUGGAUAUAGUAACUUUGUGCCGAUGUGCACAGAUUUCAAAGGCUUGGAACAUCUUAGCCCUAGAUGGCAGCAACUGGCAAAGAAUAGAUCUUUUUAACUUUCAAACAGACGUAGAGGGUCGAGUAGUGGAAAAUAUCUCAAAGCGAUGUGGUGGAUUCCUGAGGAAGCUCAGCUUGCGAGGCUGCAUUGGUGUGGGGGAUUCCUCCUUGAAAACCUUUGCACAGAACUGCCGAAAUAUUGAACAUUUAAACCUCAAUGGGUGCACAAAAAUCACGGACAGCACGUGUUAUAGCCUUAGCAGAUUCUGUUCCAAGCUGAAACACUUGGAUCUGACCUCCUGCGUGUCCAUUACCAAUAGCUCCUUAAAGUGCAUCAGCGAGGGCUGCCGAAACCUGGAGUACUUGAACCUCUCUUGGUGUGACCAGAUCACGAGGGAGGGCAUUGAGGCGCUGGUGCGAGGGUGCCGGUGCCUGAAAGCUCUGCUCCUGCGGGGCUGCACGCAGUUAGAAGAUGAAGCUCUGAAACACAUCCAGAAUUACUGCCAUGAGCUUGUGAGCCUCAACCUGCAAUCCUGCUCGCGCAUCACAGAUGAGGGUGUUGUGGAGAUAUGCAGGGGCUGCCGCCAGCUACAGGCCCUCAGCCUUUCUGGGUGCAGCAGCCUGACAGAUGCCUCCUUGGCAGCCCUGGGGUUGAACUGCCCACGAAUGCAAAUUUUGGAGGCUGCCCGAUGCACCCAUUUGACUGAUGCAGGCUUUACACUUUUAGCUCGGAAUUGCCAUGACCUGGAGAAGAUGGAUCUUGAAGAAUGCAUCCUGAUAACCGACAGCACACUCAUCCAACUCUCCAUUCAUUGUCCUAAGCUGCAAGCCCUGCCUCCUGUGGGGAUGCAGCCCCCAAGGAGCAGCCUGACAGCACCUGAGACGGACCCAGGCCCAGGCUGCUGCAGCCUAGCAGGGCACCUCCCGCCUCAGUCAGAAGAGGCAGUCGGGGGGCUGCAUCUGGAACCCGGAAACGAUUCAUCCUGUACUGAAGAUGUGCGAUGUGCGAGAAAACGGGAAGCGGCCCGAUGAGAAGCCAGGAGACUGCUGCAGCUCAGCACCUUGCUCUGCUUCCUGAACAUGGAAGGCCCAGUGUCAUACACGCUGUCCCCCCAGAACCGGUCUGAUCCUCAUGGGACAAAGGGCCUUGUGCUGUCACAGAAAGAAUCUGGAAGGCCUGUCCGAAGGGAAACCUGAUCUUGUGUGUUUAGAAAUCAAAUACAGAAUUUCAAACAAGGGGAGCCCCAGAUUAAGAGGAAUACAAAGUAGCAGAACCUGGAAGGCCUGAAGAGUCAUGGAAUUUGUUCAGACACCCUAAGGAUCCUCUUUGUUACUUGAGUUUUUAGCUUGAAGGAUAUGUCAUUGCAGAUUCUAAUGGCUAUUAAGGGCUGGUUCCUCUUAAAUACCAAAGCCAGUUUUGAGUGUUCUAGAAAAAUAAAAUUUUAUUAUGUAUCUUGUCUUAGAAGCUACUUAGGCAUAAUUUUAGCAGUCUGUUAAAAGAAUAUGGCUAACAGACAAUUUUAUUUUUCAUCAAGAUUUAGUAAAAUACCAUGAUGUAUAGGAACCAAGACCAUCAGAUGUCAACACAGUGACCCUCCCUUUGUAAGAGUGGACAAGGGCAUACAUCCCCAGCUGUUCAAAAGCCUGCUGUUGGUCACGUGAAAGGGUAUCAUCAGUCCACUGCCCAGUACUCUGCAGGAAAGGAGUGUGUGUAAGAAUGGUUAGGAUUCAGAUAGAUGUUUUCUCCAGUGAAAAGUGGAAACACUGAAUCACUGUGGAAAUAACUAUAUAAAAUAGAAUGUAUGUUUUGUUUGUUUUUGUAGUGCUGGAGAUCUAAGCUAGAUCUAAGCUUCAUGCAUGCUGGAUAAGUGCUCAACCACUGAGCUGCACUCCUCCUCCUAGAAUAUGUUCUUUUUAGUCUGUUUCAGGCCCAUCUGACCAGCAUCUCCUUUCUACUCACUGUAUUGCCCUGCUACAAUAAUGGGUUCCAUUUAUUCAAAUGGAACCCAUCUUUUCACUGUCAGUCACUAAUUCCCAUUUCUCCUUGCCAUACAGCCUAAAUUCUGUUGUCAGUUUUGGUACCAGGAUCAGAUUUACGACUCUGCUGCUGCCAGGAAGGCACUGUGCUGAGCUAAAGCCCUGCCCCAUGUUGUCAGUUAGUAAAGCUCUCUCUUAAUCCUCAAGACUUUCUGACUCCUCUCACUUAAACUUUUAUCCUUAAAUUUAAAGGUGAGCUGAUGUUGAGCCAGGUCUUGAAUAGAAACAAGGAUGAGGUGGAGAAGAGCCUGAGGGGACUUUGCACAGAGAAGCUGGGCUGAGUCUUGGGGGCAGGAGGAGAGAGCACAAAGCUACAACAGAGCCUUGGGUUGCUGCAGAGGCGGCCAGGCCUUGUAAUUGGGAUGUGUAGUAGUUUGCAUGUAAUUCUGACAUGGUUGCAUGUGUCCUCUAUUUUACUAUUUUUAGUUUUUAUGCCUCUGUUCUUUUUCAGUCUUAUUUUUGCAUUUUUUUUGUUUGUUUGUUUGUUUUUUGUCUUUUUCCUUUUUAUCGGUACCGGGGAUCAAACUCACCACUGCCUGCUUGCAAGGCAGGCGCUUAUGCCGCUGAGCUAAAUCCCCAGCCCCUCACUGAGUAUUUUUAGAACUUGUUUUAUCUAUUAGAUUUUUAGCCAUGUCUCUGUGCACUGAUUUUUGUGGUUUCACUUUCAUCCUUAAAGCUCACUGUUUUGCUUUUUGAGAUAGGAUCUUGCUAUGUAUCCGACUGGGCUUGAACUCACUAAGUAACCCAGGCUGGCUAGGCUUAGCCUUAGAUUUUCAGUUCUUUCCAUAAACCCAAGGCCGCUUUCCUCAUUGGAAAUUCAGGGAAGCCUGGGAUCAUGAUUUAGACCUUCAACUCCCUGAGGACAGAAAGACCUUCCUUCUCACCACAGCACCAAUAGCCUAGUAGGUUUAAAAGACCCUUGAGAUUCUCUUUUGGAACAAAGUGGGACAUAAAUCCAAGUCUUGACAGCUGGUAUGAGUGACAAGGGCCACCCACACAGUCGUGCAGCUGAGACCCCAAAAGCUGCAGCAGUGCUUCUUGGGAGGAUGCUGACUUUCCCCCAGGCCUGUCAUGGGGCUAUCCCCAAAAGCGGCUGUGGAGGAAAGGGAGAGGUGAGGGGUCCCCACAGUCAGCACCAGCAGGCCUACCCCAAGUUCCCAUUAGGCACCCACAGCACAAAGCUGUCCUGUCAAGACAGCUGGCCAGCUCCUCAGUGCUGGCCACAGACGGAACUGCCCUUGUUGGAGCAGAUCUAAAGGGAAGAUUCGGGACUUAGGACAAAAAGAUCUGGAUUCCACAGGCUGCCUUACAGUAAGUGGUGUGAAAUUUUUUACACUUCAGUUCAACUUCCAUUGUGCACCUGGCCUCCUCUAGAGAGCAUUGAGACGAGUGGGACACACCAUACACACUUCGGAAUCUUAACAGACUCCUAGCAGCCUGGUGGAAGUGGAAGGAGUUCGUAAAAAUAAACUUGAGGAUAGCAUUUAUCCCUUCUCUGCCAAAAGUGAACUUCCUUAGCUUAAAAAUGUUCCUCAUGCUUGGUGUUUGUUUUGAAAAUGGGGAUUCACUGUGCUGUUCCAUUCAUAGGCUCAAGUGAUUCUGCCUCAGCCUCCCAAAUAGCUGGACUCCACAUUUGCCACUGUCCCCAUGCUUUCUUGCCUACCAUUGAUCUUUAAUGAAGAAUGCUUGAACAAAUGUCACCAGCAGAAUCUGUGAAAGGGCAACAUUUUGUAUUUGCUGGAAAAAUAAAUAUGGAUUUUCAAAGAACAAAUGCAAGUUUUGAGUCUCAGGAAAGUGGAGUAGAUGCACUGCUCUCUUUCAUCCAGCUGAGUACAGCCAAUAUCCCUAAGGUGACAUAGAAAAUAAACCUUAAGACUAGUAGAUCAAGCCAGGGAUGGUGGCUCACCCUGUAAUCCCAGCACUCAGGAGGCUGAGGCAGGCAGAUCGUGGAGUUCAAAACCAGCCUGGGCUACGAGUUGAGCUCAAGGCCAGCCUGAACUGCAUAGUGAGACCCUGUCUCAAAAAAACCAGAAACCAAACAAAACAAUAAAAAAUUACAACAGACUAACAGAUCAAGAGAAGAUGCCAAGACCAGCAGAGACCUCGGAACACAAGCAAGCAACAUAGCAGAAAGUUCCUUGACCUUUUCUUUUGCUUCAUAUAACCGAGGCUGGGUACUGUAGUGCUGACAAUGUAGAAAUGCCUGAGCUGCACAGCAAGAAGACCCUGACUGACGACACACACACACACACACACACACACACCAUAUGAAGAGAACUUGUAAGAGAAAAGAUAAUAACACCAGCAUGCUACAAAUCUCAGAAUCAGACCGAGCAUGGUGGCACAUGCCUUAUAAUCCCAGCACUUGGAAGGCUGAGACAGGAGGAUCAUGAGCUCAAGGCCAUCCUGGGCUACAAAGUGAGUUCUGCAUAGCAAAACCCUGUUUCAAAAAGAAAAGAAUUAAAAUAAAAACAAUCUCAGAAUCAUAUGACAAAAAUUUUAAAGCAACCAAUGAUGCUUCAACUAAGUAAAUCUGAACACACUUGAAACAAAAAAUGUGUCAGCAAAGAUUAUAUGGAAAUGUAUAAAAACAAUUGAAAUAAAACUCAGUGGAUGACCUUAAAGCAAAAUGGAAAGAAUCCAUAAACUUGAAGAUACAACAAUAGAAAUUAUCCAACCUAGGCAAUAGAAGAUGGACUGAAGAAAAGAAAGAUCAGUGCCUCAGGGCCUGUUGGAAUUAGAACAAAACGUCACAUAUCUCAAAUUCCAGCAGAAAAGAGAGAAGGUGGGGGUGAAAUCAUGGCAGAAGAGACCCCAAAUGUGGCAAACGAUAGUACAUCUGCAAAUUCAAGAAACAGGAAAAACCCAAAGAAAUUUACACCGGGACACAAAUUUUUUUCCACUGCUAAGGACUGAACCCAGGCAGGCCUCGCACUUACUGGGUAUGCUCUAUCACUGAGCUACAAGCCAGAGCCAAAAAAAACUUUGAAAAUGAGACAGGCAGUGCACAGACAGAAGGGAUUCAAAUAACAGCAGCAGAGGCAGAAAAAAGCACAACGCUGGUUACAACACUGGUUGGUUUUGUGUAGUGUGAUGAGGUUCAGGAGACAGGAAAUACCUCACGUUAGAAUGGAGCUGAAAGGACUCUUUCCAGACUCAGUCUCGCAGUUCCUCCCCCAGCUGUCCUUCACUCCUAGUGCGUUCAGUUGCCUGUUUCUCUUAUUCCACAUCAGUCUUUUGGGCUUUUUUCCCCCCACUUACCAGGAAACUUCUCACCAUGAUUCCAAAGCUCUUUUCUGCUCCCUUUAUCACUUAACUCCCUAAGGGUAGUGACUUCCAAUAGCAUUUAUUCAUUUUAACUGGUUUUGUUUUUUAUAUGUUGUUGAAAUUCUAUUAGUGAUUCUGUGUGUGUGUUUUUAAGAGGAAGUUUCACUAUGCAGAUCAGGCUGGCCCUGAACUCUCAGUGAUCCUGCAGCCUCAGCCUCCCCAGAGCUGGGAUUACAGGGGUGCACCAUCACAACUGGCUAUGAGUGAUUAAUCUGUAUACAGUUUGUAGCGCUUAUUACAUGUAUAAAUGCAUUCAUAUUGCUAUAUGUAGUUAUAUAUCGUCAUCAUGAUUGCUUUACAGAAUGGGCAUUCUCUGAUUUAUUUACCUUUUCUAUAUUAUUCGAAUGUUCUAGUGUUUUCUAGUUUGGGGCUAUUACAGCCAGCACUGUUUUCAGUUCAUACAUACAUGCACUGUGGUCAGAUGCCCAAACUGCCCAAGCUGUUCCACAUCCUUACCAAUACUUACUGUCCAUCCUUUUCAUUUUAGCUAUUGUCGUUGGUUUGUAAUGAUGCUGGUAAUUUUUUUGAUGUUUUUUAAAAACAUGUAACACUACGUUCCCCAGUGACCUUAAAUAAAAAUAAAAUUUGCUUUUA